UCCCUAGAUCAAACAAGAAUAUAUUUUUUUUUCCAAAUUUUGUCAAUGCGGACAUGUUAAAAAGGUAACAGAAGCAAGAAAUUACUUUGGUAAGAUUGAAAGUUUUACAAAGCAAAUUUCCAUUUUAAUUUCGAUAGAAAUCACAAAAUUUGGAGGAGAAAUCAAAGGCGAUGAACGUAAUAGAAGGACGUGGAUAUGGUAAGCUCCACUCGAUUAGUGAACAUCACAAAGAGGACCGUGGUCGCCACACGUUCGUCACCCCCUUCACCCCUUUCUCUUCUCUUUAUACUUCACAUACUUUCCUUCUGAUUUUCACCAACCUGAAACCACAGCGAGAAAAAAUAGAACCAAAAAUUGACAAUGGCGUCGGCUAUAAGCAUGAUUCAAGCUGGGUUCUCAUGCGGCGGCGCAUUAUCUUCGUUUACGGCGAGGCCCAGGCGGAUGGUGGUUGUUCGGGCUGAAGCUAUAAACCCAGAUAUUAAGAAGGACGAAGCCAAAGUGGUGGAUUCUGUUGUUGUCACUGAACUCUCUAAGCCUCUUACUGCCUACUGCAGGUGUUGGAGGUCUGGGACUUUUCCUCUAUGUGAUGGAAGCCACGUGAAGCACAAUAAGGCAACUGGAGAUAACGUUGGACCCCUGCUCUUGAAGAAGCAGUAAGCCAGUAAAUGGUUAUGAUAUCGUGUUAGUCUGUAGAUUUUGAAAACUCUUGAAGCCUGUUUCCCAAAGUAUUUUGAGUUCUAUCUACCAUUUGUUUGAAAUGAGAUGUUCUUUCCAGGUGAAUGUUCAUUGUAAGAGUUAUUUAUCCCUUUUCUGCAGUAGUGUUGAACUUGAUCUCAUUGUGAUUUCAACCAUGAUAUAUAAUAGAAACUUAUCCAAUCUCA